UUGUCAGAUGACGUAGACGGAAGUCAACGAUCGUCACUGCUCCCCGGCUGUCAGACACAAAAAAUGGUGCUUAACAGGUGCGGUGUCACGGUUGCACUGUUAGUUUUGAUUGUUUUGUCGGUAAUUGUCGUCGCAUCCCGUCAAGAGUCGACAUUAAACAAUGGCCGUCACGACUUUCAAGAAGAACUGGUCAUCAGACCGCUCCAGUCAGGGGAUAUUUAUGCUAGCUUCCAGUUCCGCACCUUGUGGGAAGCAGAUUUCUUUGGAGGAAACAAAGUGUCCCACUACCGGCUGUUUCCCAAGUCGCUGGGACAAGUUAUCUCCAAGUUCUCCGUGCGUGAGCUGCACAUCUCCUUGACACAGGGAUACUGGAGGACCAUGCAAUGGGGGCAGCCUUAUCAACCUUCGCCCCCUGGAGCUGAGCUCUGGGUCUGGUUCCAGGACUCCGUCACGGACGUGGAUGGCACAUGGAGCGAGCUCACAAAUGUUUUGUCGGGAAUCUUCUGCGCCUCGUUGACCUUUGACUCCAUCAACAGCAUUCAGCCCAGCGCCUCCUUCAAGCCACUGGGGAUAGGCAACGUGACGGACCACCGCUUCCUCCGCUACGCCACCCUUCCGCGUGAGACUGUUUGUACAGAAAAUUUGACACCCUGGAAGAAACUCUUGCCAUGUGGCUCCAAGGCCGGCCUCGCUGUCCUACUCAAGUCCGAGAAACUCUUCCACAGCAGUUUUCAUUCCCAGGCAGUGCACAUUCGACCCGUGUGUCAGGACGCACAAUGCGCAACCACCUCGUGGGAGCUGAUACAGACACUGAAUGUCGUUUUUGAUCUUUACGUUUCCGGACAAGGCAAACGAGAAUGGUCUCUUUUCAAGAUGUUCUCCCGGACCUUGACGGAGGCAUGCCCUCUGGCUUCCUCCAGUAAAAUCUACGUUGACGUUUCGGACAAUUCUGAGGGGGAGGAUUUUGUGCUGAGCCCCGCCACUCCUCUGCUCAGGCAAGUAGUGGUGCUAGGGGACAGGCGCACCUUCUCCGUUUACGAUCUGACCCAAAAAAGCACCUUUGGCGCAACGUCCUCUCUCAACCUUCUGAUUCGCUGGAAAUCUAGCGAUGCGCACAUGCGCCCCUUGCUGCACGCGGAGCGCUACGUGGCGGGUUACAGGCUGCAGUCUGGAGAGUUCCACACGCUGAUAUACAACAACCACCCCUACCGGUCGUUUCCCGUGCUGCUGCUGGACUUGGUGCCCUGGUACCUUCGUCUCUACAUCCACACCCUCAGCGUCACAAGCAAGGGGAAGACGAACAAGCCCAGUUACAUCCACUAUGAGCCGUCCAAGGACCGUGUGAAGCCGCACACGCUGGAGAUGCUGGUGCAACUUCCCCCCAACUCUGUCACUGAAGUCACCGUGCAUUUUGACAGAAUUCUGCUCAAAUGGACAGAGUACCCCCCUGACCCGAAUCAUGGCUUCUAUGUCGGGUCCUCUGUUGUCAGUUCCCUUGUACCGAGCAUUGUCACCAGGGAUACGAAUGCCACACACGAAUGCCCUCUUUUUAACAGUUUCUUCCCCAGCAAAGAAGAAUCCAGCUACUUUGUGCGCCUCUAUACAGAACCUCUGCUGGUCAACCUGCCCACUCCAGACUUCAGCAUGCCUUAUAAUGUCAUCUGCCUGACCUGCACUGCAGUGGCUGUGGGUUAUGGAUCCCUCUUCAACCUGCUCACGCGCAAUUUCCAGAUAGGCGAGCCAAGGCCGGGAGUGGCCAAACGCAUUGCCAACAUAAUUCGGAGAAUGCGGGGCGUGCCGCCGCUCUGAAAAAUGGCAGGGCGACAGGCCCCGCUCUACUCCGUUCCUUUAGUUCAAGCUACUGAUAAAUGAGCCCCAUUCAGGGAGGAACUGAUUGAUUUUUAUUUUUUACAUAUUUAUUUGGAAUACGUGUUUCCAGGAUUGUGUGUGUCACUCGAGGACAUGUUAACACACUUGGAUUAAAAAUGGAUGGAGGACAGGA